UGAUUAUCAGAGUAGGGGAAAACGACGAACGAAACAACGAUAAAAAACAGUCCUACAUCAAAGCGCUUUAUUUACACGAAAUUUCCGAUAUUUCUCGGUAAUUUUCCUGAAAUGAGUGCAAGCUGAGCCAAUUUGAGUGGUAACUCGCCUGUGCCGCUCUAAUUAGCAGCGAUGGAGGACGCUCAGGGUGAAAAUCAGGCAGGAAAUCCCAGCAACGGUUACGCACCGGACAGUCCACCAUCUAUCCCAGUAAUGAAAACAGCCAAAAUUUGUAUCAUCCGAGAGGACGAAGUGCGAGAUGAUCCCGUGCACGAAGCUGCCAAGAAAUAUUGUGACUUCGUAAAAUUUUCUCGAGAUGGUUCAGAGUUGCUCGAUUUGGAAACGAUCUACAUCAUAGACAACUUUGAUAGUCCUGUGUUCAACAGCCUCAAGGACAGAAAGUGCCGAAUUCUGGGACCAACUGCACUGAUCCAAUAUGCAGAGAACAAUUCUGCACUGCCCACCAAAAUUCUGAAACACCCACCUUAUUGCCUUCACAUGAAAGGAGCAGUAGUUUGCUUCACUGGUCUGCGAGAUAAGAUAGAAAUCGAUAAGGUGGUGAGGGAACUGUUCUACAUGGGUGGAAACUUUGUGCGUGAGAUGAGCGGGAAGGUGACGCACUUGGUAGCAGGACGGUGCACAGGCGACAAGUACCAGUACGCCACCACGUUCCGCGUGCCAGUGGUCGGCGUGGACUGGAUACACAACAUGUGGGAGCAGCGGGACGAUGCGAAAACGCUCAACGCCACCGACCCCUUGGUUGUGCAGCAGUACAAACUGAAGCCCUUCUUCGGUGCAAGAAUCUGUUUAUUUGGCUUUUCGGACGAUGAGAAGAGGCACAUGGAGGCAGUCUUGGUUGAAAACUGUGGCACUUUGGUUGACAUUGAUGACUCCUCCUGCACUCAUGUGGUUGUUGAAGAGGGCACUCUACCAGAUAUAAAUGUACUUCAAGGCUACUGCAACGUCGUUCGAGCUGAGUGGUUUUGGUUGUCGGUGCAGAAGGAAAGCUGUGCUGAUGAAGCACAAUAUGUUUUGGCACAAGCGCAACAGAUUACCAGCAAUGGUGACCACACACCCCAUUCCUCUACUCCACUGUCCCACUCAUUAGCUGAUUCUGCUCGGCGAAAGCGAAAGAGGCUACGGUUCCAGUCAAGACAAAGUGGUGCAAGCAUAACUGGCGAUCUGAUAGAUUCAACCUAUUCCCCACAAACUCGUUUGAGUUUGAGUGGGUCCCUCUUAGACAACACUGCCAGUCCAGAGCCUUGCGCUUCGGUGCCAGACACGUCCAUAGUUGCCUCCCCUGCCUCUAUAGCACCACCCCUCAGCCCGAGACAAAUGGUCUUCUUAGAGCUUGUACAGACUGAAACCAAUUACGUUGAUAUCUUGCACACCAUUGUUUAUCUAUUCAAAGAGCCGCUAGAAAGCAAGGAUGGCGAGUCCGCUGGCUUGUUGAAUGCAACUGAGUUGAGGAUCAUUUUCGGCAAUCUACCUCCGAUUUACGAAGUUCACAGAGACAUGUUAGCUGACCUUCAGCACGCAGCUCAAAAUUGGAAAGAUGACGUAACCAAAGUUGGGGCCAUUGUACUGAAAUAUAAAGAGGCAAUGCUGAAAGCAUAUCCACCGUUCAUCAACUUUUUUGAAGACACGAAAAAGAUGCUAGCUUCUUGUGAUGAAAAUAACCCCAGAUUCCACGCCUUCCUGAAAAUUCGCUAUUCUAGACCAGAGUGUGGCCGACAGAGUCUAAAUGAGCUGCUCAUCCGUCCCGUGCAGAGGCUGCCCAGCAUAAGUCUCCUCUUGAAUGAUUUGGCCAAGCAAACUCAGAAGAGCAACCCUGACAAUGAACUGCUCCUCAAUGCCCUGGCAGAGGUGAAAGCCGUGAUGACCCUUAUCAACGAGGAUAAGAGAAAGACCGAGGGUCAAGUAGCUCUGUUUGAAAUUUUCAACGAAAUCGAAAAUUGCCCUGCUGACAUUGUGGCUUCGCAUCGAACGUAUGUCCAGCGAUGUGACGUUGACGAAUUCAGCAAUGAGCUCUAUGGCCGAGGAGAACACCUUACUCUCUUCCUCUUUUCUGAUAUGCUGGAGAUUUGCAAGCGUAAGACCAAAUCAUUCGGCUCCCUGCGCAGCCCCAGCGUGACCAGUCUCCAUUCCAGCAAACUCGCACAAAGCAUUAAGGCCUACAAACACAUCAAACAGCUGCCUCUGUCGACGAUCAAGAGGGUCAUUGACAUCAAAGAAACUGAAGGGAUCCGCAACGUUUUUGCUCUUCGGUGUCGGAGUAAUCAGGAGUUCAAGGAGAGAGACUACAUGUUCACGCUCACCAGCGAGGAGUUCUUCAAGACCAGCUUUCUGAAGGUCUUGUGCCGCCAGUUGGCCAACACUGUCUGCAGAACAGAUGCCGAAUCUUUCUUGGUGACACUUGACCCGGCUCAAUUGGACAUCGAAUCUUCAGACGCCAACAUGGGAACCCUGUCAAAGGCCUUCAAGUUCGCCUCAAAGACUAGAAAGAAAGUUGGCCGUGCAUUUAGCUUUAACAGAACUCCAAGCAAACUCAAACGAGCAGUGUCCUCUGUCAUGAGUCCAUUCGGCAGCAGCCUAGGCAACACCACACCGUGUUCCCAGCUUGAACAUAUGCGCUUGGCCAGCUGCACCAGCUUGGCCAGUGUCACUAGUUUAGCUGAAUUGGGAUCACCUCGGCCAAUAGCAGAGGCGCUCGAACCACCAAUGUCUGUUCAGCCAGUAAGGAAAAACAAGAAUCCCAGCGGCUUGCAUAGGUUUUGAGAGCGCCACCCAGCCUGCAUCCAGGUCACCGGUACAAAGGUGCUGCUCUCUGUCACGUGGAAUCACAAUCUGUCCCUCAAAGAAUAGCCAAUACUGCAAGACUUUCCUUCAUAUUGAUGGAAAUCUCAGAGCCAACCUUCAAUAAAGUCUUUCUGUAAAUUAGCCUCUAGAAGCAGUUUAGAUACUUCUUAUUUUCUGUUGCUUUGACGUUUUCCUGCGCUUUUGAUCAGUCCUUUAGGAAGCCAACACGAAGUGCCAAAAUUGAGCAACAACUGCCUUUGAAAGUGCGUUUAAGGUCGGUUGGUAUUCUUUUGAACCCACCGGCCAGUGCUACUCUUUGCCUUGGAAUCUCUACUUCUGUCUUUUCUUCUGUUAUUAUAAUUAGUGGUAACAGCAAGUAUUCCAUGAGGGCCUAUUAUGUGUUUUUUUUUCAUUUUAGCUGGUGCAACAAAUAUGCACGGUGUUUAGGUUUUGCGUCAUUUAUUGAUGUUUCAUUUCAGUUUCCAGAAAUGCCAGUGUAGACUCUGGUUAGUUUUAAAAUCCACUGUGUACUCGGCAGUUUGUUUAGAUUAUUUAUGUGAAAAUCCUUAGCUCAUAAUUUCAUUGGAAAAGUGUGUGCAGCUCUCACAGGCAAAAGACUUCAAGAUAUAGACGGAAAGUAUAAAGUAGAAAAUUUGUAGUAAGAAAGUAUAUAUUUUCUAUACCAGGCGAAAAUAUUUUGCUUUGUACAUGUGAUGUUGCAUGACUUUCAGUACAAUAAUGACUAGCUUAAAUUGCGGCAAAACAGCUCCUAAAUAAAUAAAAUCUGAUAAACAUUUGGAA